AUACACACACAACAUGGGUAACGAGACAUCGCUGCCAAUGGACAUGUGCUCCAAUUUCGAUGCCGAUGAAAUUCGUCGUUUGGGAAAACGUUUUCGAAAACUCGAUCUCGAUAAUUCGGGUGCAUUGAGUAUCGAUGAAUUCAUGUCACUGCCGGAGCUACAGCAGAAUCCGCUUGUGCAGCGUGUUAUCGAUAUUUUCGAUGCCGACGGCAAUGGUGAGGUGGACUUCAAGGAGUUCAUCCAAGGCGUGUCACAGUUCAGUGUUCGCGGCGAUAAACUAUCGAAGUUGCGUUUCGCCUUUCGCAUCUACGAUAUGGACAACGAUGGCUACAUAUCGAACGGCGAGCUCUUCCAGGUGCUGAAAAUGAUGGUCGGCAACAAUUUGAAGGAUACGCAACUGCAACAGAUUGUCGACAAGACCAUUUGCUUUGCCGACAAGGAUGAGGAUGGCAAGAUCUCCUUCGAUGAGUUCUGCUCUGUGGUGGGCAAUACGGAUAUACAUAAGAAAAUGGUUGUUGAUGUUUAAGCUAAGCGGCCAAUAGAGACAACACACAUAGAAACACAGACACACACAUAGACAUAUAUAUC